AUGACCGAUGCCAGCAGUGGAGGAGCGCGAGGCACCAACACAUCACCCACCCUGGAUGAGUCAGACCCUGAAUUAUAUUAUGAGGAAGAGGAAGAAGAGGAUUGUUCAGAUAUCAGGAGCAUCCUGUCUGAAGACUCCCUCUACCCUUUCUAUGAGGCGGCUGCGUCUGACAAGGAUACGGACACAGAGCUCACCCUGUACCAGUGCUGUGUCAAGAACCACUCCAUGCUGCUUCGGGAGAAACUGGACAGCGGGGUGACCCAGGAGGAAGUCAUGGAACUGGAUAUCAACGGAUGGAAUGGCCUAAUGGUGGCAUGUUACAAAAACUUCAUAGACAUUGUCAUCGUUCUCAGUAAAUGCCCCUACUUAAAUAUCAACCAUCAGGAUAAUGAUGGAAAUACAGCACUCAUGAUAGCUGCUCAGGCAGGAUUCACCACUAUUCUUAACUAUCUUCUGAACUACUACCCAGCACUAGAGAUUGAAAAGCGGGACAUCCGGGGACUGACCGCGCUCAUGAAGGCUGCAAUGCAAGGGCAGGCUGACUGUGUCUCAGCCUUGCUCAUGGCAGGUGCUGACCUGAAAGCUGUGGACCCAGUGAAAAGGAAGACAGCACAGGAGUGGGCAGCCUUUACCGGGAGUUUUGAAACCAUCGUGCGGCUUCAAACCCUUCUGCAGCGUCCAUGUGCCGAGCAAUUCUGUAACAAGUAUUUGCCUGAAUGGCCCGCACUGCCUGAGCUGGUGGCCCAAGCACUGGGAAAAUCCCAGGCUGAGUGCUUGUCGGAAAAAAUCCGUGCCAUGUUCACUAUCAAUUUUCCACGUGAUCCUGAGCCAGAUGGCGUGAUGGAUCACAUGGUGCGCAUGACCACUUGCUUGGCCAGUCCCUUUGUGGCCACUGCUUGCCAAACCAUCUGUCCUGACAGUCCACCAGAAGUGGGAAAGCAGAGACUUUCAGUGCCAGAGAUCCUCAAUGAGUACACACCAGACCCUGAUGCCAAAUCCAUGGCUGGCGAAUCCUCUUGCAACAGCCAACUCAUGACGCCAACUUGGGUUCUGGUGCCGUACAAGCCCCAUAAUACCAUCGAGAAAUUCCUCUCCCUUCCUUUACGCUUGCGAUGCAACAGUAUUUUCCCUGGUGGCGUCCCAAAAAUCAAACUCUCCAAGUCAGCUGCCCAAAGGGCAUACAAGCUGCCACAGCCCUCUGCAUCCUCCCAGAACAUGCUGGAGUUGCCCAAGUGGCAAUACCAGGAAUUCCGGGAAAAGAGGAAGAAAGCUGAAGAGACUGCAGGAGGAGCCCACAAAGAAGAGCAGUAA